AUGGUUAGACGGCUGACGAGGAAUGUCACCAAGCGCAUUCUUUAUAAUGUGUCCAGUGACUCGGAGUCUGAGGACGGAGAGGAAGAUUUCGACGAGUAUUUGGACCAGAACAAGGAAAAUGUGCCUGAGCCAAACCACCAAGGGCCACCCUCGAAAGCAGCCAAGAGGAGGAAAGUUUCGGAAGCUGGUGCGUCUGGAAACAGAGCAAUCAAUGGACUGAAAAGUCAGCAGAAGAACAGGAAAACUACUAACCAAAUAAAAACGAAAGAGAAGGGGAAAGGGAAAACUAAAGCUCAGUCUCCUGAGUUGGAGGCGGAUUGGGAGGAAAACUAUCUAUACCGAGCGCUUGCAAGCCCCGACAUCAACUUGGCUGAUCUCGCUUUGGACUGGAUCGAGUCCUACGAGGAGGAAAACGCACUUGACCCCACAAACUUGGCGAGCUUCACCGCGUUGAUCAAUCUUGUUUUGCGGUGCUGUGGCUCCUACCAUUUAUUCCAGCCGCAUGACCUUCUCAAUUUGGAGAGCGCCAGUGAGACGAUUGAAGAAGCUAUCUUGGCUUUUCAGCGUCAAAAAUCGCACAAGUUUCCAUUCAAAUUGAUUGCGGUAUUCAAAAAGAAUACCCUCGAGUUUUUCAAACAAUUGUUGGAGAUUGGCCAUGAAAAGGGCAUCUUGCUGUCUGCACAAGACUCCGAGGUUGACGACUCGCACGCGUCGAGGUUUAUGAACUACCUUGUCACCUGGAUCACUAAAAUGACAGAGUCCUCGGUGAGAUCUAUGAGAUUGACAAGCACCGAGAUUUCACUUUACAUCUUGAUCGAGCUAUGCAAGAUCAACUCAUCAACGGAAAAGAACCAUGAAAGAUCCAAGAAACAGUUGAAUAGACUAACUAAUACGAACACGGCCAAGUACAGGGCACUUGAGGCGACUGCAAACAGUCACAAUGCUCAACUCAAGGCAAUGAUUGAAUAUUUCGAUGACAUUUCAAACGUGGUGAUUGCUAAAAGAUACAAGGACAUUGACCCUCAGAUUAGGCUAAUAGUGUUGAAACAUUUGCACGAGGCAAUGAUUUCCAAUCCAGCUUAUUUUUGUCAAAGCUCAUUUCUUAGAUACUUUGGGUGGAUGCUUGCGGACCCGAACAACCAAAUAAGAGCAGAAGUCACGAGAGGUUUAUCGAAAUUGUAUCGCCUCACUUCUUUUGAAACUUCAGAAGUGAGGCAGGGCGUGCGUCAAUUUGCUUCGAAAUUUCAGUCGCAACUCAUCAUCAUGGCUGACGUGGAUUCCGACAAGCAAGUCAAAGCCAAUUGUCUUGCCAUUUUAACGGAAAUGCAUGUGCAUGGUUUUAUAGAAAAAGACUCUAUUGAAAAAGUGCUCCAGCUUUUUCCAUUCGGGACAAACCAAGAAAGUAAUUCUAAAAUUGACAAGGAGUAUGCAAGAUUUGUUCAAAUGGCAGGAGAAUUGCAAUUACAAGGCUUGUUGGAACAAAACCAACUACUCUUUGAUGAUUAUAAUUUCAAAGCAGGAGAAGGAGGAACCAACUUGGCUGAGUUGUUGCCGAUUAAAUCCUUGGCACAAACUUUGACAGUGGUUUGUGACAAGCCGUUGGAAGAAACUUUUGCAAAUCCUUUAAUGACGGCCAAAUAUUGCAAAGAUUUGAGUCUAAUGAUUUGGUACUUGUUACUUGAUAUUGAUCUGAUAGAUGUUACCAAAAAAGGCACCGAGGAAGUGCAGAGUAACGAAAUCUUGCCCGUUGAUGUGGACAAGUUUAAACUGUUGAUCUCAUUGACCGAGAAAGAGCAACUUUGCAUUUUAAAAUUCAUUCAUGGCAUCAGCAAAAGCUUUCCAACGGGAAAAACUUCAAAAGAUGCUGAUGACGAGAUUAAUUCUGUAAUCACCAACUUUAUUGGCGAUUUACCAAAAUUGCAAGCUUUUUGCACAAAGUCAAAUGAUAGAUUUAAAAUUUUCUUAAACAUGUGGACAGACUUGAUUGACGGAAAGCGGAACAAUUCAGUUUUCAAUUUUUAUAUUCAGUUGGAUAAAAUCAACGAGUACGAGGAAAUGACGAAAGUUGUAAUGCAGUAUUAUCGAGAAUUCGACGUGGUUGACGAGUUUAAUGUUUUUUUUAAGAAAUUGUUUAGUCUGAGUGGACUUACCACUCGAGUCAAAGGUGAUAUUCAAGACGUGCUACAUGAUCUUGUUGAAGGCGCCGUUGUGUUUUUGAGAGACAACGAGUUGACUCGCGAGUUUGAAAAAGACGAUGGUGAUGACGAUGAUGGAGUAGCUGAAGAUGGCGUUUCCGAGCAGAAACAUAUUAUCAACAAGAUGCGAGACAUUUCGUUGAUUGCCAAAAAGAUUAAACAAAUCGGAGACCACGUCAAUAUUUCCAAUUUAGAUAACAUCUUUGACUUGUUGUUCAACAUUAGCGGUAAGCUUUUGUCGAAAUUGAACCUAGCCGUGGUAUUGCAGGAUUGGAAGCACAAUUUCAUUCUACAAUUGCCCACAUUUACUGUUGCCAUUUCGAAUAUAUUGGAUUUGGUGUUGAUAAUUGCAUCUUGGAAAUUUGAAAAAUUGAUUGAUAUUCCAGAAAGCGAACAAGGACACGUUAGCAUCGAAUUGGAAUUUGAUUGUUUUCCCGAGAUUGUGAAAUCAAUGAUAAGAUUAACCACUGAGUGCUUGUUUCAGUUGGAAAUGCUCGACCUAAAGUCGAAGUUGAUGACACGAUAUGCCGACUUGAUCACUUCAUUCAAGUUGUUUUAUUUGAAAUUCAAAGAUGUCAACAAUUUCAAAGAGUUUAAGCCAUUCUUUUCCCGAAAUAAGGAGUUGACUCAAAUCAGUGCAAGUUUCCAGUAUGAUGAGUUGUUGGAGUUGUUUUUAGCUAAAGAGAUUAAUCUUGCCAAUAUUUUAUCUGUUGAAUUAGAUAGACAAGCUGAUGAAGGUGUGCACUACGAUGACUUUAUUGACAAUGUUGAAAUGAAGGAAGAUGAUUUCAAUGUGAAUAUGACAACAGCUUUUUCCGAUAGUGAAUUUGAAUCUGACUGUGAAAGCGUUGAUGAGAAUUCUCAGACUCAAAGACGGCGAGAGAGGGACCAGUUGAUAUUGGAAGCCAAAAGAGCUCAAUUUAAAAAUGACGUGUUGUGGAAGGUUGAACAGGAUUUUUCAAUCUAUGCUAUAAAGUUGAUUGCGUUGUUUAAUUUGCAAAUGGUGAAGGAGGAAAUCUAUGACAGAAUCAGAUUGAAUAGUGAUAAAUUGGGUGACAUUUUCAAACAAAUUGUGGAGCAACAGGAUGCCAAAUUGGCCAAAAUAAGAGAGCAGUCUGCUCAACUUGCCGCUGAGGCAGAGGCUAGAACAGCAUCAAUUAUUGCAAAUAAUGCUAGUGGUAAUAAUUCAGAUCCAACAACUGCAAAUGAGAAUCUAUCUGUUGAGUUGAAUUUUGAACCAGAUACCACUAUGAUUGAGGCUACUGGAGAUGUCAUUGUCGAAGAACCAGCUGAGCCAGAGAAAGAGGCCAACGGAAAAGGUCAAGGUAGUGCAGAACCACAGUCAGAGUCAGAGUCAUAG